AUGAAGAUCGCAGCAGCCACCGCUCUUUUUGCAGGCCUCGCCGCCGCUAGUCCAGUUGAACUCACUGAGCGCCAGAGCUGCCCCAAGGUCUACAUUUUCGCAGCUCGCGAGACCACCGUGCCUCAAAGCAACGGCUACGGAACUACAGCAAACCUCGUAAACUCCGUCAAGUCUGCCUAUUCUGGUGCGGGCUCAGAGGCGAUUGUAUACCCCGCUUGUGGUGGAGGAUCAGCCUGUGGAGGCAUCAGCUACGACAACUCUGCUUCCCAGGGAACUGCAGCCGUUGUCAAGGCUGUUACCGCCUACAACCAGAAGUGCCCCAGCACACAGAUUGUUCUCAUCGGUUACUCUCAGGGAGGCCAAAUCAUGGAUAAUGCCCUCUGCGGUGGUGCAGGCUCAACCCUUACCGGUAAUGCCCUUGCUGCCGUUAAGGCGGCAAUCUUCAUGGGCGACCCUCACAACCGUAAUGGACUACCCUACAACGUCGGCACAUGCAAGGCCCAAGGCUUUGCCGCCCGUCCCAACGGCUUCACAUGCUCACCAGCCAACACCAGCAUCAUCCAGAGUUACUGCGACUCUCAGGACCCGUAUUGCUGCAACGGAAAUGACGCCAACCAUCACCAGCAGUACGUCAUCAUCUACGGUAACCAGGCUCUCAGUUUCAUCAAGAGCAAGGUCACUGCUUAG